GAGACAAUAUCUAAUUUAGUGGUCAGUGGUCAUCCAGUUUCAGACUUUGAGCUCACUCUCAUCAGCAAUGGCGCCUCUUUCAUCUCUCCAUUCUCGUCUUCACAAUAUUCCAUCUUCACCUCUUGUUCCUCACCUUACAGGACCCAAGAAACCCCAUCAUCAAAAUCUCAUCUUUUGCAAGACCCAUCAACAACAUCAAGAUUUAUGCUUAAAAGUUGAAGAUGGAUCUCUAAAAGUUCAAAGAAGAGGUCUUUUGAUGCACACUGUAUUUGGUUCAUUGUUUGCACCUGCAAUGGUUCCACUUGCAUUUGCAGAAGAAGCUGUUCCAGAGGGUUACCGAAUCUACACUGAUGAUGUGAACAAGUUCAAGAUCAUGAUUCCUCAAGAUUGGCAAAUCGGAGGAGGAGACGGCAAUGGAUUCAAGUCCGUUACCGCAUUCUUCCCUUCAGAAGCUUCUAAUUCAAAUGUCAGUUUAGUGAUCACGGGGCUUGGUGCGGAUUUUACUAAGUUAGAAUCUUUUGGUAAGGUCGAUGAGUUUGCGGAGAACCUGGUUAGCGGAUUGGACAGAAGCUGGCAAAGACCUCCUGGUGUUUUAGCUAAACUCGUCGACAGUAAAGCCAAAAAAGGUAUGUACUACAUAGAGUACACACUCAAGAAUCCCGGGGAAAGUGAAAGACAUCUAUAUUCUGUUUUGGGAAUAGCUAACAACGGUUGGUAUAACAGAUUAUAUACUCUCACAGGACAGUACAUAGAUGAAGAAUCAGAGAAAUACCGUUCAGAGAUCGAAAAGGCUGUUGCAUCAUUCAGAUUAGUCUGAUAUUUAUACAUAUUUGCAAGCAUCAUUUCAAGCAAAAAUAGCAACCACUGUAGAUCCACACUCCAGGGACCCGUCGUGUGCAAGAUGAGAAGAAUAAAUAUGAUAUUCUGAAUUUUUGAACAAGUAAUCUACACUAAUUAAAGUUUCUUCAAUCUCAAGAAGUUUGUAGAAAUGAAGGGGACUACAAGAUCUAGAACACUAUUGUACAAGUGAAGUCAGAUAACUCAAUUUUGACUUUUUGUUCCAAAUUGCCUCAUAUUUGUUCCAUUGUUUUUUUGUUAAACAAAAGAGUUAGCUGAUCAGCAAACAACUGAUUCUGCAUUUGUUUUAGUUGCUGCCAUUCUCUCUCCAUUUGUAGUUCAAGCUCCUCAAAAUGAACAAGUUUAUCAUGGAUA